AUGGCCUCUGGACAUGCAGGAGACAUUGGCAGGUCUUCUACGGGCCGUAGACGUACUGGUACUCCGAGAGCAGGGGACAGUUCUGGUGCCGCAUUACUUAAAGAUUUUAUGGCCCUACGUCCACCAGAGUUUAGUGGAGGCGCCGACACGACAGAGGCCGAGGAUUGGCUACUGGCUGUGGAGAAGCAUUUGCGAUCUAUAGGCUGUGCAGAGGCCCAUAGGGUUCGACUGGGGACCUUUCUGUUACGGGGUGAUGCCGAGCGAUGGUGGGAGACCACCAGACAGCGAUAUGGUGAUGGGGGCCCGACAUGGGCACAGUUUGUCGCGGCGUUCAAUGAGACUUAUGUACCGGCUUGGGUCAGAGAACAGAAGGUGUUCGAGUUUGUUGACUUACAGCAGGGGAGCAGGACAGUUACACAGUAUGAGACUAAUUUUGUGGCGUUUUCUCGAUAUGCUCCAGAGUUAGUAACCCCUGAGUCUCGCAGAGUCAGUAAGUUUCAGAGGGGAUUGCGACCAGAGAUUCGUUACUCCAUGGCUGGUAUCGAGGCACCUGACUUUCCUACAGUUGUUCAGUGGGCCUACGCAGUGGAGAAGGACUGA